AUGUACGUCCACGGACCGCCGGUGACGGGGAAGACGUCGAUCGUGCGGGACGUCGUCGGGAGGAGCGGACGGCCGUGGGCGUACGCGUCGUGCGCCACGGAGCACGCGCCGAAGCUGUUGUACGAGGCGGUGGUGGAGGAGCUGACGCCGUAUUUGGUGCGGUCGAGCGAGAGUUUGAGACGUGCGAGCGCAGAGCAGGUGAAAAAGGCGCUGAAGUGCGAUAGGUUUAGUGAUUUAGUGGAGAUUUUACGCGCGCACUUGCCGGCGAGUCCGGGCGCGCGGGCGUGUUACGUCGUCGUCGACGAGGCGCAGAGAAUGUUACAGUGGCGAGGUGAACCGGUGUUGAAUGCGUUUUUGCGACUCGCGGAGUUGAGUUGUCGGAAGGUGAUCGUGAUUUUCAUCGGUGAACAGGGUUGGGAUACGUUUUGUUCGGCGUCGGGGACGACGCCGUACGAGGGCGUUUACUUUCCGGCGUACUCUCGAGAGGAGCUGCGGUACAUCUUGUUAAAGGAACGCCCGUCGGAUGCGGACGAGAUGCUGUACAAUGGGUUCUUAGGUGUUAUGCUGAACACGUUCACGGCGACGUGUAGGAAUUUACACGAGCUGCGCGCCACUGUGGCGCCAUUGUGGGCGCAGUACGUCAAGCCGUACGAGGAAGCGCGCGCGCGGGGCGAUCCGCUUCCCGAACCUCGAGCGCUGUACGCGGCGUUGAACUCGAAGAAAGGAUCGACGAAAGGAGAUGAGUGCGCUAAUGCGAGAGACGGAGGUUCGUCGUCGGCGCCGAAGCGGGAGCAACCGAACGUGCACACGGGAUUAACCGUGCCGCUGAGCCCGGCGGCGUUGGCUCUCGGUCGCGGCGAAUGGCCGGUGCGGCGCGACGCCACGGGAAGCGGCGCGGGUGGACGUUUGGAUUUCGAGAUCCCGCGUCUGACGAAAUUCUUAUUAGUCGCAGCAUUUCUGUGCUCGCACAACUCUGAUGAGGUGGACAAGCGCAUGUUUGGCGGUCAAAUAGAAGGGCACGUGGCAAGGGCCAAGCGCAAGGAUCGAAACGCGCAAGAUCGAGAACGAGCCGCCGCCGCUGAAGCCGCCGUGGAUAAACGACGUGUCUUCAAGCUCGAACGUCUUAUCGCGUGGUUUCACUUUAUCACACGCUCAGCAUGCGAUGAACACGGCGCUGAAGUCGCAGAUCUUGAGGAGGAGCUCCUCAGCGCCGACGUCUUUAUGCAAAUCUCGAGCAUGACGCAGCUCGGAAUGCUCUCCAUCAACCGCGGGAGCGCGAUGGAGGGUGGGCUGUACCAAUGCAACAUCUCUCGUGAUUUAGCCGAAAGACUCGCACAAAACCUCGGCGUGCACCUCGAUACGUACUUGAAAUACGUCUAG